AUGGUUAAAACCAGGUCCGCCAUACUUAAACGGUCACCACGACAGCGCGACGAGAAUGACCCAGCGCAGAAUGCCGUCCCUCGUCUACCUGCGAGCACCGCGUUGGUAGAGACUGCUCGUGAACCAGAACAACAUUCGGCCAGGACGCAGCCAUCUGCCGAGUCCGUAUCGGUGGCUCUUCAACGCAUACUGAAACAUGUCACGAUAGCCGUGGAUGAUCUCGCUAAAAUCCAACCGGCACAGCUCUUGUACGAGCGAGGACUUGCUGAGAUCAAUCUCCGUCUGCGCCAUUUAUUUGGAAGUAUACACGAAAACCACUCCCGCAGUAGUGCUACUAUCGAGAACGACAUUGUGCAAUGCGCUGGUGAACUGACGAUGAUGCAAAUAAGCGGCUUGCGAGAUGCUGAGGUGGCCCAUAAAGAACAGGUCGCGGCCGUCUUCCAAAGAUUGACCGAUGUGGUAUUGACCGAAGUUCCCCCCAACUUUCUCCAAAUUUCUCUUCAGAAAAUUGUCAGUGGGGACUUGAAACCGAACUUCGAAAAUUCACAUGUACCGAGAUCCAACAGUGCGGACGAGGAGUAUCUCGACAAUCAAUGUCAAACGUCAUCGCAGGCCUCUGAUGACGAGGUCAACGGUGUUCCCAAUGACAGGCUUGGAGGCGACCCGCAGGGCUUUCAAAAACGGUCAAGAUCUUUCGCUGAAGGACAUUCGCAAUCAGAGCAGCAUGACCAGGAUGAAGAACAAAGAAGAAAAAAGGCAAAAACGGAUGUAAAGAUUGUUUCCGUCGAACCACAACCAGAAAACGGACUCAAAUCUAAACAUGUCACUCUACAGAACGAAGAUAAUGCCAAAUUGGAUGUCACUUCGCAUGAAGGAUUUCACGGUGAUCGACAAGCUGUCGUUCUUGAGGUCGUCGACAGCCAAAAGCGCAGACAUGAACUUAGGCUUCGUCCACGGGGAGCUGAACGUGUCGACCGUAUCCUGGACCGGCAAAUUAUACGACCCGUGCAACUUAGUCGAGGUGUUCUUUUCUCUGCUGAGGGUCAGGCCGCCAUGCGCGAUAACGAGAUCAUUUCUUCCUUGAUACAAACGUCCGGGAAUGUGAUGAAGAACCCGUGCACGCACUGCAAGCACGGGAGCAGAACUCCAUUUGAAGACUGCAUUAUGAUCGUCGACGAUGAGAAUUUCGAUCGUUGCGGGAACUGUGAAUGGAUAGGCGGAGAUUGCCAGGGAGGGUUCAUCUCUGCAACGGCGAAGCAGCCGCCCGAUCCUGCAGCCGAUAAGACUGUUGAAUAG